CUUUGUUGUUGUUCUGAGAUGACGCUCAGGUACUGGUAUUGCGGAUCGUCAGGCUGGUCAAAGCUCCCCACUCACAAUCACCAGCUCCAACGGUGGAGACGCAUCGACUGAUGCAAGAGAACGUGCCGACAGUGCCGUCACCAUUAAACCCCGAGGUCAGAGGACGUUCGCAGCGCGAGCGAAAAGAGACGGCUAAGAAGCGCGAGGCCACGCGCGGCACCACCCCGACGGUGCCAGCGAAGCGCAAAGCGACUGCUGGCUCCAACCAUCGUCAUGUCGCCCAUCAGACAGCGCCGUCACCUAUGCGCUACCAGAUCCCUCCGCCGAAGACGUCCGACUACGAGCCGCCCAAGCCUCCCGUCUUCACCUCGCACGAACCUCUUCCUUAUCUGACGCCGGACGGCCAGACGGAGCUCAAGAAGGUCACAGAUCAAGCCGAGAACAAGCGAGGCUAUCGCUACACGCUUGCUGUGGCAGAUCCCAACUUCCGACACAAACAGUUCUACCGCCAGUCCGACGGCUUACCUUACGGUGCCCGAAUGUCGUUCGAGGACACCGACAAAUCAAUACACUACGACGUCAGUGGGCAUAGCAUGAGCAAUCCGAAAGGAUGGCGCAUGGCUAGAGCCAAUGUCUGCGCGCGCGAGGGCUCGCUCUACUACGAGGUCCGUGUGGUGCGAGGUGUGCCUACCCUUCAGCCGGGAGGUGCCCCAGCUGCUACAGCUCAAGGCCCGCAACCACAUGUCCGACUCGGAUGGGCGCGUCGAGAAGCGCCCCUGGAUGCGCCUGUCGGCUUUGACGGCUAUAGCUACGGCAUCAGUGAUCUGCGCUUUGAGCCCAUGCAUCGCAGCCGACCAUCAAAGUUCUUCCAUCCUAGGACCUCCAAAGCAAAAGCAAACACUCCCAUCCAGCUCAACGACAGUAUCCACGAGGGCGAUGUCGUUGGUCUAGAGAUCACCCUCCCCUCCCUAUCACUUCAUCAAAAGGUCGUCGAGGGUCACUACAAUCCUGCUGUCGAUCUAGGCGAUGGCUUUGAAGACCAACCACCUCGCCCAGACCCUACGCUCGAGCCUCACCACAUUAUCCGUGAUCGUAUCCCAGUCCCUUACAAGGGCAACGUCUACUUCGAGACUAUGGACUAUGUUCCGACCAAAGCCAUAGAGGCUUAUGCAGACCGCACCUUGUCCUUGUCCUCUCUAGCUACUCCUGCUCCGGGCGCUCCUACCUCCAUCAAGUCACAGCCCGGCCCUCACCACCAAGAUCCCCCACUACGUACUCUGCCACACAGUAACAUUCGCGUCUACAAGAACGGUCAGCUGAUCGGCACUGCCUUUGAGAAUCUCCUGUCUUUCCUGCCACCUGCCAGCCAGCCCAGUAAGUCUAUAGGCUCACGCGAAGGCUUCGACGAUGGUAUGCUCGGUUAUUUCCCCGCCAUCGCCUGUUUCAGCGGUGGCAUUGCCGAGCUCAACUUUGGUGAGCUUGGCUUCUGGAUGCCACCGGCUCACAUGAAACCUGCUCCUCGACUCUCAGACAGCUCCGACCCGAAUCAAAGGUUCUACCCUGGUCGCAGUCUCCGCCCCAUGUCUGAGAGGUUUAAGGAGCAAAUCGCCGAAGACGUGCUCUGGGACAUCGUCGACGAAGUAGACUUCUUUAUGCAAGACGGCGGCUUUGGAGGUAAAGUGGGCGCCGGCGCUAAUGCUGUCAAGAAGGGUGCGAGCUUGAAGGAGGAGAUGGACUAGGAAUCCACUUCGCCACGAAAGUUUCGCUCUUCGCGUCGCAAUACUGAGCAGACGCCUUUACGUAGCAUCUCAUGGGCUGAGGAUGAGGCAGAUCAACCGCGUUCACCCUCGCCGUCGAAGGGCGCUUCUUUGACUCCACCUUCGCCGCCUGGUCUUCUUUCUUUGACUCCGCCUUCUCCUAGGCUGAGAUUGAAGUUUUGAUGGUGUUGCAGUCACGGUUAAACUGAGUCUGGGACUAUCUUCCUAGCUAGCUUGAUGCCCUGAAAAACAAACACCAUCGCGGUCUGAGGAGGCGUGUCACGAUUAUGAAAAGUAUUCUCAUCCAAAUAGCUCUACAUUGAUCCAUUUAGUCAACACUGGGAGUACGUUCUGCGUGCUGUUAUGCUAUUAUGGUCUAAAAAAUGUGUAAUUCAUCGCCGCUAUCGACUGGA